AUGCAAAAAGCAUUGAUCCAGGAAAUUUUGAACGACGCUGGGGAUGGGAUAGCAAAAUACCAGCUUAACCUUGGCAGCACAAAUUCAGGGUCUUUAGUUCCAGCAAAAGGUGUGCACUAUUUGGACCGCAAGUGGUGCGUGAUGAAGCCAUCAGCGAACCUUGAUGACCCUCAAGUAGCGCUAAGUGUGAGUUAUGCUUGUGGACUUGCCGAUUGCACCAGCCUUGGUUACGGGACAUCUUGUGGCAACUUGGAUGCUCGAGGAAACAUUUCGUAUGCGGUUAAUAGUUACUACCAGAGGAACAAUCAACUUGAUGUAGCUUGCAAAUUUCUAAACCUUUUGAUGAUCACCAAAACAAACCCAUCAGUUGGAUCUUGCAGAUUUGAGAUAAUGAUCGAACCAUAUUACGGCGGUGCAGAAAGGAGAUUCGGGUGUCUCCAAAAGCCUCUAAGCCUGGAUAACCUGGUGCAAGGUAAAGAGCAAUUGACCAUUUGCUGGUUGCAGUUCAUGCGUUUGAAAUUGGGAAGGAGUCUUUUGGGUGAUAACAAUGUAACUGCUCGCUUCAGCUGGGAUUAUUAA